CAUUUUACCUAUAGAUAUCGCUAAAAGGCAACGUGUAAUGAGUAGAGAAUUUUGACAGCUUUUGGAGCCAUUUUUUUAUGUGGAUAAAGCCUUACAAUACGUCGCUCAGCAAUUAAAAAUAACGUGGGAGGCAAUGUGGGGAAGAAAGGUAGUAGUUGAUCAUUUUUUUAAAUGCCCUAUGUUCUUCCCCAAAGCAGAGAAGAUAUAUCAAUGGGUGCCCCUACGCACAGUCAUGGUUGCACUUCCCAUCAUGCAUUUGGGCAGAAGUUAAAUGGCUGCAGUAUCAUUUUCUGAAAGCUCAAGAAAUACACUAGAUGGCAAUAUUUAGUCACAAUAUACAAAGUCACAUUUAUCCUUUAAGAAUUACAAGUCUUUCAAUCCGUGGAUCCCUCCCACAGAAAGAAUGUUAAUAAUGUAAAUGCCAUCUUGAGGAUUUAUUGUCAUAAUGAACAAAUACUGUAUGUUGAAUGUAUUUAUUCGUCCGAGUUUUAUUCAUUUUUUUCUUAAUGCAUUGCCAAAAUGUAUAUGAUCGGGAAAAAAUAUCGGGAAUGAUUGGAAUUGAAUCGGGAGCAAAAAAAAGCAAUCGGAUCGGGAAAUAUUGGGAUCGGCAGAUACUCAAACUAAAACGAUCAGGAUCGGAUCGGGAGCAAAAAAACAUGAUCGGAACAACCCUAUUAAGAACCACUGAUAUAAUUACUGUAAUUGACACCAGCUGUCCACAUCACAUAUGGGGUCAUGUAGGCUUAUGAGGUUAAGUUUGUGUGCUUUUAUAAAUAGUCUGUUGCCCUAUAAACGGUUCACGAGGAAUAACAUUUUUUAAAAAGCGUGAGAAAGUGAGGAAGACUUUUUUUUUUUUUUACAAAACAAUAAUGGAAAACAACGAAUCAAGGGGGAAAGGAAGCUGAGGAACGUAAAUAAAAAGUUUGGAGGCCAACCAGGAAAUCUGAAAAGAUUGCGGCAAGCUGACCCCCUGCAGGGAAUGCACAGCACACAGCUCUUGAGCAGAGGGUCUACCAGUGGGGGUGCUCCACCCCAGCAAAAACAGGUGAUGAAACAUCAGGAGGCGGAACUCAUCGCCGAAAUAGAAAAGCUGCAGUGCUUAGUAUCGGAGCUGAAGACGGGCUUCUCGGAUGCAAUGCUGGAGCUGACCCAGAUCCAGCACGGAGACUCGCUCCUGCGCGAUGAGAUGGAAGACCACCGACGUCGGUGCGGGGAGAAAGCCCGGCGCUCGGAAGCCCUGGUCGAGUCCCUUCGGGAGGAGCUGGCCGCCAUGCGCUGUCAAGUGCUGGCGCUGCGUGAUGAGGCGCAGCAACAGCAGCGAGACGCAAAGAGCGCACAAUUGGAAAACAACCACAGGGAUACCCAAGUAUCUUCCCAGAGUGAUGCACCCGAGGCGUGCCGAGGAAAAGUUCUGCUGCGUUGUUUCCUUCAGGGACUCAAAGCUGGACUCACCCAAGGAACAGAUGCGCGACACCAGGUGGCGCUGCAGCUUCUCCACUCUGAGUGGGAGUAUGUGUCCACUUUGAAGCAACUGUACGACAAAUAUAAGACGACUCCACACGUCAGCGCUCAACCUCACGAGGCGUUGGCGUCGUCCGUGCAGCGGCUCCUGGGGCGCCACCUGCUGUUCAGGAACAACCUGCAGGAGCGACUGAGCGCCCAGCGCUGGAAGUCUCUGCUGGGAGACCUUCUGGUGCAACUUGUCGGACAGAAUGAUACAUCUUUCUCGGACGCGUACGUGGGCUACAGCGCCGUGCUGGCCUCCUUCCUCUCGCUGGACGUCCUCAAGUUGGACACUAACGAGGACAAGCAGGUGGGUGAAGCGCAUGCGGAAGGGUUGUCGCUGUUGUGGCUGCUGCUGGCACCCGUCUCUCGCCUUCACGGCUACCUCACUCACAUCCAGAACCUGCUGCAGCGGACGAGCGAGGACCACCCAGACUACAGCCUCCUGCUGGGCACAGAGCGAGCGCUAGGCCACGUUUUGUGGCGAUGUCACGCCAUCCUGGAGGAGGACGUCCGCUGGGAAGCGCCCGGUUCCGAUGCUGCUAUGGCUAGCGGCUCGACCGCGGACGGCGCCCCUUGCAGGACAAACGGAGAAUGUGCAGCUACCAGAAUGAGCCAACAGGCGUCUGCGCUGACAAACGGGGACCCCUUUGUGCGUGUGGAGCGCUGGCCCUGCAGCCCGGUGAGGCGACCGAACCGCCAGUGCGCACACGCCCGCUGUUGCUCAGUUACUCCGGAGCCCCCGUCCGCGGACGCGUCCGCCUUGGAUGACUCCUCGGCGACUUCCUGCCGGGACGACGACGACAGCCAAGUUCCGGUCCUCCUCAAGCCUUCAGAGAGGAGCGUCCGUCUUCGCUGGGAGAUUCCCGAACGGACCCUCGCCAAGAGAUUGAGCAUCAGGGCGGGGUCACCGCCGCUCCAAGCCACGAGUGCCUUCAGGCCCAUCUGGGAGCAGCCGUCUCCGGAGAAAGAACACCGAGGCUUCGUGCCAGUUCAGACGUCCGCCGGGGCAAACUUUCCCGCCAUGAGACAAGACCUCAGAGCAAGACAAGGUCCCCCGUCGGUGGCGCCGCCCAGUGGACAAUUGUGGGAGGACAGCGAGGACAGUGAGGGACCCUGCAGCACUGUUUGACUGCUGCUUGGACGUCCAACCCCGACAAUUGCAGGCUAGUCAAGUUAGAAAAUUUCACAAAUAUUUUUCUUUCAUGAACUACCACAACACAUACUUUGUGAAUACUGCCAAACAGUGUGCCCAGCUUUGUCAAACCAGAGCAGUGAGGCAGUAGAAAAUAAGACUGGGGUGAUUUAUUCAACUCAUCAAGAUCAUUAAGAAGAAUAGAAAGCAGUUAAAAGGCCACAAAGUAUCCAGAGAACCCAGCAAAGAACCACAAAACAUACUGACUGCGGGUUAAAAAACAACAACAACAAAAAGAAUAAGCAGCAGCUCAUGUGGUCAACAUUGUUGUUAUGGGAACAGGAGGUGGAUUCUAUUUUGUUUUUUAACCACGGGGAGG